AUGGCGCCGAAACGCAAAUCCCCAACGCCUUCACACGAAUCGUCACAUACGGAUGCUUCCUCCGGCGAGGAGUCGCGCACCGGCUCUGUGCGCCCAAGAGCUCAAGAGCAACGGAAAGAGGACGACGAAGUUGAGAAUCCAGAGGGAGAAGACAAUGACUCCGGUUCCGAAUCCAACCCCGAAGAUGGAAUUCGCACUGUCGAGUCUGUUGCCCCGACCAAGGAGGGCACGCGGUUGAAGAAGAAGCCAGCCACUUAUCAACAACAGUCAAAAAAGCAGCCUCCGGAGAGGGCUAAGAAGGACGGCGAUGCCGAUGCCGAAGAAGAAGAAGAAGAAGAAGAAGAAGAAGAAGAAGCAGCGUCUGGAGCGUCAAGGUCCAAGUCACAUGAUGAAGCAGCAAAGCACGAGCCCCAAAAGCUCUCGCGCCCGAAGAAGCCCUCUCCGGACUCAGAUUCAUCUUCUGAAUCCGUGCCUGUCGCCACCGGCAAGGAGGCCACGCCGGUGAAGAAGCCGAGCACAUCUCAACAGUUGAAGAAGCGGCCCACGGAGAGAGUGGGAAAGGGCAGCGAAGCUAAUGAUGGAGCCAAGGACGGCCCCGUGGUGCAGCAUACCGGGGAGGGGUCGUCGAGGUUUCAGCGCCUCUGGAGUGAGAAAGAUGAGAUCAAGCUCCUUCGGGGUAUGAUCAAAUUUCGCAAGAAGACGAGGCAAGAGCCCUCGACCAAUAUCCGUGCGUUCAAAGAUUACCUCAACAAGAAGCCAGUAAGGUUUGACUUCCACGGCAACGAAUCGCAGUUCUACAACAAGAUUAGGCAAAUGAAAUUGAAGUUCACGAAUGGACUUAAGACCGGGCGUAUUUGGAAGAAGCCCCACGAUCAGAAGGUCUCCGAGCUUUCUCGGGUCUUCUGGGGUGGCGGGAAAGGCGGUGAGGAGGAAGCGCGCUUGUCUUCCAAGAAGAGCAAGACUCUAGAAAGUGCCGGCAAGGUUGCUGCUGCUCCGCCAAAGCCGCCGGAGGAGUUGGAGGGUAACGAUUGGGCCGGCGAAUCUUCUCUACUGCAGCUGACCAGCAUGGGGCUAGGCAAGGAAGUUUCGAGGAUUGGCAUGGGGAUGAUCGACUCGUUAGAGAUGGAGGAAUUAAAAGAUGGGUGGCGGCAAUUGCGCUUGUCCGAGCUGCAGGUCGCCAAUGAUAGAGCCGCGCUCAUGAAUCGCCAGGCGAAGCUUUUUAUGGAUUGCUACAGUCGAGCGAAGCAGCAGGGAUAGAAGGCCAUUGUCGUACUUAGGUUUUAUGAUUAGGUCUGCUGAUUUUGUCCCCGUCUUUUUUUUUUACCUUGCAAGCCGUUCAUGUGUGUUUGUUUCGUGGUUGUUCAAAGGAAGAAAGUAAGAAAUCGGCGUCC